UUCUCGUUUAAUUAUUAUUACAAGAUCAGAGAAGAGUAAUAGAAAUGGGAGUUGAUGUUGAAAGCUUAUCGCCAGGAGAUGGCAAAACCUUUCCCCAGAAAGGACAAACCGUAGUAGUGCACUACACAGGCACUCUAACAAGCGGCAAGAAGUUUGACUCGUCUCGGGAUCGCGGCCGUCCUUUCAAGUUUUCUAUUGGUAAAGGUCAGGUGAUUCGUGGCUGGGACGAAGGAGUCGCUCAAAUGAGUGUAGGAGAGAAGGCCAAACUCACCUGCUCACCUGACUAUGCCUAUGGAGAAAAAGGACACCCAGGAGUUAUUCCUCCUAAUGCUACCCUGAUCUUUGAUGUGGAGCUCAUUGGACUAGAGUAAAAGAAGAGAAAUAUGAAUAUUGAACUAGAGGACAGUACAUAAUUAUUAUGUUCGUAGUGUACUGACGUUGUAUUCUGUUUUUUUAUGAGAAUUGUAUGAUUCGGGGUAACUUGAAA